AUGAGUUCAAAUAUAGAAAAAAACAAUAAUACAGAAAUAAGUAAAACCAAUAAUUCAGAAACUAAAGAUGAUAAUAAUAAUAAUGAAAAUAAAAUAUUAGAACCAAAACCAGAUAGUGAUAGUAAUAACAAUAAUACCGAAAAUAAAGUUUUCAAAAAUAAAAAUAAUCAAUGGUCAUAUUUUUCAGAAAAAGAAAAAAUAUAUUUUAUUUAUGACGAAAUUAAUAAGCAAUGGUAUCCCGAAAUCACUAAAGAGAUGGUAGAAUCACAACAAUCCAUUUAUAAAAAGAGUGAAAAAAAGAGAGAUAAGAAUCAAGAGCUGGAAGAGAAUAUAUCAGAACUAUAUAUAUCAGGUUUACCUAUUGACGGUUCAGUUAGAGAAGAAGAAAUCAAUAAAUAUUUAAAGAAAUGUGGAUUUGUAAAGAAAAAUGAAUACGGUAGACCAAUUAUAAAUCUAUAUGUUGACGAAAAUAAUCUAUUCACUGGAAAUGCACUUGUAUCAUUCGAACGUAAAGAAUCAAUACCCAUUGCCAUCCUUCAAUAUGAUGAUACUGAAAUUGUGCCCAAUCAUCCAAUAAAAUUAAGAAAAGCAACUUUAGAAGAAUCAUUAUCAGUUAAUAAUGCAACACAAAACAGUAACAAUAAUAGCAACAAUAAAAAGAAAAAACAAAAAAAAAGCGGUCAAGAUAAAAGAUCAGAAUAUGAAAACGAGUUAAAAUAUGGUUGGGCUGAUUCUGAAAGCAAAACAGUUAUAAUAAAGAACCUAUUUUCACCAUCAGAAGCAUGGGAAGACCCAAACUUUUUCAAUUCGCUCCAAGCAGAUUUAGAAGAUGAAACCCAUGGUUGUGCCAAAUGUGGCGAAAUUUCAUCCAUUCAUAUAUUUGAAUACAAUCCCGAUGGUGUAGUAUCUGUAAAGUUUAAAGAGUUUGAAUCGGCUGAAUCUUGUGUAGCUUUAAUGGAUGGCAGAUUUUUUGGUGGUAGAAAACUAUCUGCAGAUUUUUAUGAUGGCUUUACAAACUAUCAUGUUGACGAAACAGAUGAAGAUAAAGAAAUACGUUUAAAGAAAUGGGAAGAAUAUAUUAGUAAAGAAGAAGAAUAA